AUGCCUCGUCCAUCGAGAGCUAAACCUGCUCGCGAAGACUCAUCCGAUCUGUCAUCUGCUGCAUCAGACACUCCCGAACCCAGCACCGUGCAAGACGCUUCCAACGGCACUAGAGGGACCAAGCGCAAGCGCCAGCUUAACCAAGAGACCACCCAAGUCAUUGAAGAAGAGGAAGAGCAGGAAGACAAGGCUACCCCUGUCAAAAGACUCGACAACACGACCAAGGUUGUCGAAGAGACUCAGGAAACAGAAACCACAACAGCAGACGUCCAGGAAACAAAGCCCAAGGUCGUGAGGAAGCGCAAGACCAAAGAGGAGAAGGAAGCAGAGGCAAUGCCCCUAGCAGCUCGAACAAUCGGCCACAAGCUUUUCAUCGGUGCCCACGUCUCGGCCGCUGGUGGUGUUCCUAAUGCUGUUCAAAAUGCCAUUCAUAUCGGUGCAAAUGCCUUUGCCCUGUUCUUGAAGUCUCAACGCAAAUGGGCCAACCCUCCGCUAGACGAGACCCAUUCCAUCAACUUCCAUUCCCAUUGCGACAAGCACAACUUUGACCAGAAUCAACAUGUCGUCCCACACGGCUCAUACCUGGUCAAUCUAGCACACACUGACCCCGACCGUACCAAACAAGCCUACGACUCCUUCCUCGAUGAUCUGAAGCGUUGUGAGAAGCUAGGCAUCUCGCUCUACAAUUUCCAUCCUGGUAACAGCGUGGGCGGUGAUCGUGAUGCUGCCAUUGCUCAUUUGGCUGGCAAUCUCAAUCGCGCACACAAGGAGACCUCUAAAGUCAUCACCCUACUCGAGAACAUGGCCGCAGGUGGAAACGUCAUCGGCUCAACAUUUGAGGAUUUGCGCGAUGUCAUUGACCUGAUUGAUGACAAGUCUCGCGUCGGCGUCUGUCUCGAUACCUGCCAUGCCUUUGCAGGUGGCUACGAUCUACGCACACCCGAGACAGUCCAGAAGACCCUUUCGGAGUUCGACGAAACAGUCGGCAUGAAGUACCUCCGUGCUCUGCAUCUGAACGACAGCAAAGCUCCCUUNUCCAGCCACAGAGAUCUCCACGCAAAUAUUGGCACUGGCUUCCUAGGCUUGCGCGGCUUCCACGCCAUCAUGAACGAUGAGCGUGUCAUCGGCCUCCUAUGGUGCUUGGAAACACCAAUCGAAGUCCGUGAUGAGAAUGGCAACCUUCAAAAAGAUGCUAAGGGCAAGGAAAUGGAGGACAAGAACAUUUGGGCCAGAGAAAUCAAGUUGCUGGAAAGCCUUGUGGGCAUGGACGUGGAAAGUGAAGAGUUCAAGGAACUGGAAGAUAAGCUGCAGAAGAUGGGUAAGGUUGAGCGAGACAGGAUCGCCGAGCAAGUUGAGAAGAAGACUACAAAGGUUAAGGAAAAGGAAGACAAGGCAAAGGCCAAACAGACCAAACUCAACUUUGGCAAGGCUGCUGCUCCGGCCAAAAGGUUUCUUUACGAGUCCUCACUCACUCGCAUUGGCAUAUUCUUUGCUGGUGCUCCUUCCAACAAUCCAAACUCUUGCGAGUUCAGAAUCCGACUCUUGUCGUUUUCCCGCAUCGUCAUAUUCUUUGGCGGUGCUCCUUCAAACACCCCCCCCCCCCCCGGCGGUGGCCCCGGCGAAAACUUGGGCUCCCGCUUGCAUCGGGAUAUUCUUUCUCGGUGCUCCUUCAAAACAAGCCCUGUACAUGGCUACUAA